CUACGCGCCGGCGAAGCCACGGUCGGCCUGCCCCGGUCCGCGAGGCGGUCGGGGCGGAACCGGACAUGACGCAGCCCCACUUCCGCUGCCGCCCGGGCUGCGCUGCGGCUUUCGGCGGGCUCGGCUGAGGCGGUUGUGGAGAACACAGUGUGAUGCUGUCUCACAGCCACGAAGAUGAGUGAGUUUCGCAUUCACCACGAUGUCAACGAGCUGCUCAGCCUCCUCCGUGUCCAUGGAGGGGAUGGGGCCGAGGUUUACAUCGACCUGCUGCAGAAGAACAGGACCCCGUACGUCACCACCACCGUGUCAGCACACAGUGCCAAGGUUAAAAUAGCAGAAUUUUCUCGUACUCCAGAAGACUUCCUAAAGAAAUACGAUGAACUGAAAUCUAAAAACACACGGAACCUUGACCCGCUAGUGUACCUGUUGUCGAAGCUGACGGAAGACAAAGAGACUCUGCAGUAUUUACAGCAGAAUGCCAAAGAAAGAGCCGACCUCGCCGCCGCCGCUGCAGCCAGCAGCACCCCCAGCUUCAGCGCCCCGGCCACGGCCUCCAAGAUCUCCAUGCAGGAGCUUGAGGAGCUGAGGAAGCAGCUUGGCAGUGUGGCCACGGGCCCCACGGUGCAGCAGUCUCUGGAACUUACAAGAAAGAUGCUUCGAGACAAGCAGAACAAAAAAAACUCAGGCCAGCUCCUCCCCAUCUUCCCGACAUGGGUGUACGAGCGGCCCACGCUGGUCGGGGAUUUCCUGACUGGCUCAGGCGUGAGCACGGACACAGCUGUGCCCAUAGGCUCGCUGCCCCUGACCUCCCAGGAGUCGGCCGUCGUGGAGGACCUGCUGUACGUGCUGGUGGGUGUGGACGGCAGGUACAUCACCGCCCAGCCCCUCGCCGGGAGGCAGAGUCGAACCUUCUUCGUGGACCCCAGCCUGGACCUGUCCAUCAGGGAGCUGGUGAACAGGGUCCUCCCAGUGGCUGCCAGCUAUUCCACCGUGACCAGGUUCAUUGAAGAGAAGUCUUCCUUCGAGUAUGGACAGGUGAACCACGCGCUGGCGGCCGCCAUGCGGACCCUGGUGAAGGAGCACCUGGUGCUGGUGACGCAGCUGGAGCAGCUGCAGAGGCAGGGCCUGCUGUCGCUGCAGAAGCUCUGGUUCUACAUCCAGCCAGCCACACGCACCAUGGACGUCCUGGCCUCCCUCGCCAGCUCGGUGGACAAAGGAGAGUGUGUCGGGGGGUCCACCCUGAGCCUUCUCCAUGACCGGAGUGUCAACUACACGGGGGACAGCCAGGCGCAGGAGCUGUGCCUAUACCUCACCAAGGCCGCCAGUGUGCCCUACUUUGAGAUCCUGGAGAAGUGGAUCUACAGAGGGACAAUCAACGACCCGUACAGUGAGUUCAUGGUCGAGGAGCAUGAGCUGCGCAAGGAGAAGAUCCAGGAGGACUACAACGACAAGUACUGGGACCAGCGUUACACCGUAGUCCAGCGGCACAUCCCGUCCUUCCUGCAGAAGAUGGCGGGCAAGGUCCUCAGCACAGGAAAAUACCUAAAUGUGGUCAGAGAGUGUGGUCACGAUGUCACCUGCCCCGUGGCCAAAGAGGUCAUCUACACGUUGAAGGAGCGGGCGUACGUGGAGCAGAUCGAGAAGGCCUUCAGCUAUGCCAGCAAGGUGCUGCUGGACUUCCUGAUGGAGGGGCAGGAGCUCCUGGCCCACCUGAGGUCCAUCAAGCGCUACUUCCUGAUGGACCAGGGAGACUUCUUCGUGCACUUCAUGGACCUCACGGAGGAGGAGCUGAAGAAGCCGGUGGACGACAUCGCGCCGCCCCGCCUGGAGGCACUGCUGGAGCUGGCCCUGCGCAUGAGCACUGCCAACACCGACCCCUUCAAGGACGACCUCAAGAUCGAGCUCAUGCCUCAUGACCUGAUCACGCAGCUCCUGCGGGUCCUGGCCAUUGAGACCAAGCAGGAGAAGGCGAUGGUCCACGCCGACCCCACCGAGCUGGCCCUUAGUGGCCUGGAAGCCUUCUCCUUUGACUACGUCGUCAAGUGGCCCCUGUCGCUGAUUAUCAACAGGAAAGCCCUGACCCGCUACCAGAUGCUCUUCCGGCACCUCUUCUACUGUAAGCACGUGGAGCGGCGGCUGUGCGGCGUGUGGCUCAGCAACAAGGCCGCCAAGCAGCACUCCCCGCACAGUGCCCAGGGGUUCGCCGGCGCCUUCACGCUGCGGCAGCGGAUGCUGAACUUUGUGCAGAACAUCCAGUGCUACAUGAUGUUCGAGGUGCUGGAGCCCACCUGGCACGUGCUCGAGAAGAACCUGAAAUCCGCCUCCAACAUUGACGACGUGCUGGGGCACCACACCAGCUUCCUGGACACCUGCCUAAAGGACUGCAUGCUGACCAACCCUGAGCUGCUCAAGGUCUUCUCCAAGCUCAUGUCCGUAUGCGUCAUGUUCACCAACUGCAUGCAGAGGUUUACACAAAGCAUGAAAUUGGACAGUGAGCUGAGCCGUCUGGCGCUGGAGCAUGGCACAAUGCUGGGGCCGCCCACCGAGGUCGAGCGGGCUGAGGAACGUGUCCGGAAGGAGCGGGCCAGGAAGCACCUGGCCGAGCACGUGGACACACCUCAGCUGGCCUCCAGCUUCGAGGCCACCAUCAGUAAGUUCGAUAAGAACUUCUCAGCCCAUCUGCUUGACCUUCUGGCCCGCCUGAGCAUCUACAGCACCAGUGACUGUGAGCACGGCAUGGCCAGCGUCAUCUCCAGGCUGGACUUCAACGGCUUCUACGCAGAGCGCCUGGAACGCCUGUCUGCAGAGAGGAGCCAGAAGGCGGCCCCCCAACUACCGGCCCCGCGCGGAAUCCCUGCACCAGCACCCAGGGUCGCUGUCACGGCCCAGUGAGGCCCUCGGGCCUGGUACCUGCCACAAAGGAGGAAAGGAAGUGCUGGGUGCUGCAGACAGCUGAGUUCCAGGUUCUCAGACGUCCCUGAAAUGCGUGUGCUGUGUGAGCGUUCGUCAAGUCUGAACAGUGCUUGCUCGGCUCCCCUUUGUCGGCUGGUUUCUCCUUGUAGUGGCCAUCUGGACCACACCACAUCUCCACAGGGAGCUGACCUGUGAGCUCUCUUAAAUGGAGCAGGAGUGCUUUUUUGGCUUUUGUUUUUUGGCUUCAAAUAAAGACAAAGUGAAAACAG